UAGCUUUGGAGAAAGUUUGUCCCUCUUUGUGAACCGUAGCUGGGCUCGUUUUUAAAAUAAUUCUGGCUGGAUGAAAGUGGUGUGUUGAGCACGGUGAACCCUUUUUAUUUUUAAAAAUACUGCUUCAAGACUACAGAAGACAUGGCCAUUCAGCCGAGCAAUCCCAAUAAUCCAAUCGUGUUCUUCGAUGUGACAAUUGGUGGUCAGGAGGUGGGACGAAUGAAGAUUGAACUGUUUGCAGAUGUCGUGCCUAAAACUGCAGAGAACUUCAGGCAGUUUUGUACCGGAGAGUUCAGGAAAGAUGGGGUCCCCAUUGGCUACAAGGGCAGCACCUUCCACAGGGUGAUCAAGGAUUUUAUGAUUCAAGGAGGGGAUUUUGUAAAUGGGGAUGGAACAGGAAUUUGCAGCAUCUACAGAGGUCCUUUUGCAGAUGAGAACUUCAAGUUGAAGCACUCUGCCCCAGGUCUGCUGUCUAUGGCAAACAGUGGACCGAGCACAAAUGGCUGCCAGUUCUUUAUUACUUGCACUAAGUGUGACUGGCUGGAUGGCAAGCAUGUUGUGUUUGGAAAGGUGAUUGAUGGCUUACUUGUAAUGAGGAAAAUUGAGAAUGUUCCUACAGGACCCAACAACAAGCCAAAGCUGCCUAUUGUUAUAGCACAGUGUGGAGAAAUGUGAAAACUGUUGCUUCUGCGCUGCACAUCACCAUUUCUGUUGGAUGCCCGCUGGUUUACUUGGGUCAUUUUUCAGGACUGUCCUUUAUCUGCACAUGUUCAAAGGAAAUUUUAACUGGACCAGGACACCAUGGAGAUUGUAAUAUAAACAUUUUUUUUUAAUAUUUGAAACAAAAGGGAUGAUGAUUUUACUAAAUUUAAUAAAUAAUCCCUCUUCCCUUACUUUGCCAUCAUGUCUUAUAUCUGAAGAAAGAAUGCAAAUUGGCAUUAAAGACAACUAAGGUAUAAUUAAAGAAGGAACUGAAAUUGCCACAUAAUUUAAAUUCAGUACAGAAGCUGUGGUGACACAUGUUUGUUCUCUUCAGUUUGCUGUUCCAUUGAAAUCCUGCAUUUAUGUCUUGGGGCUCCAGACUAAAAGAAAUUACUUGGAAGCCACUGGCUCCUAAAGUGAAACACUUAGGAGCAAAUUUACUUUUUUAGUUGCCAAAUCACAGAAAUGAAACUGUUUGUAGUAACAUAACAAAGACAUAGUGUCCACUAUUCUAUGCCUGUAGGUCUCUAGACUCUUUUUUGUUGGAGCAUUAAAUCUAUAUACAGUAACAAACUGAGGGUCUACUCAUCAGAUUCUAAUCCUGUGUAAUUGAAAAUCAAAGGAGGCGUGUCACUUUGCCAUCCUCUAUACUGAGACCUUGUCACUCACAAGGCUCAGGAUCAAACUGUGCAAGUGAAGGCCGUUCUAUGGAUAUCUUGAUUGAAUCAUCCAAUGUGGAAACAUAAGUGAACUGUGUAGUGCAGAAAAGGGUCAUUCACACUGGGUAGCACAUGCAUGGUCUGAACUAAAUGCAAAUCAUUCCUGAAAUCUUUAUGGUAAGGAUCUUCCCCCAAUGACAAGACAACCCCCAUAAGCUACUGUAAGACAUGUCUGUAAAGUGACCUUUGAUGAGCAACUUGAUUGCUGUCCACUCAGUCUGGACAGCCACAACACCACCACCCCUUCUUCGGCCAGAUGGUUUUGUUCCCUUUUAUUAAAGUGUCAAUGUCAUUCUCUUCAUAAGUGAUGAUGUUGAUCAGGACAGUAAUCAUGACACAAUACAGAGAAAUAUUGCAUGAUCUCUGCCCCCCUGAACCUGUACCUUGUUGUUCACCACUUAUCAUAAUUCCAAAUCUUUUUUUCUAGCUUUGUUACUUGCACUGUUUAUUUCAAUCUGAUGAUUAAGAUAUCAUCUCUGAAAACCCUUGAGCUGGUUGGUCUGAAAUGUCAUGCAGCUGCAGCUAUCAUUUGUGGUUUGCUAUGAUUUUUUUUUUUAGUUGUCUGCCUGUCUGUUCUGUGUAUCAUCCACCUGGACAAUAUCCUGGCUUUGGGUAUGCAAUUCUGAUUCUGUGUAUUGUAUGAAUUCCUAAAACUUUCCAUUUCUCAAUGGUCUUUCAUUCAUACUUUUGUCAUGACACAGCAUUUAAUUGUAGCUACAGCCUAAGGCAAAUUCACAGAUGUAAGCUUCUCUAGUCUCUCCACUUAGCCACGUAUCCAUGUUAGCAAAGGUUCCGUCUGCCCCAAAAGCACAGGUUUCAAAUUGAUACACAUUAGCCUGAUCUGCAUUAUUAAAUAUGUAUUUUAUUGUGUUUAGUUAUCCUUGAACACACUACUGCAACAAGAGUGUUCAAAAGUGCACCAAAAGAAUUAUGCCUACAGUAUACAAUCACAUUAUCUCUUCCAGUCUGUAAUGAUGAAGAUGUAAUUUACCUCUGCGGUCCCACUCAAUUUUUGUGAUUUAAGUACGUCUGCAGUACACCCAAUAAAUGAAGCGCAUGCAGUGUUAUCAUGCGUCUUUGAUAAAUCCAUUCCAUUCUUUUUCAUUAGCAAGGUUUGAGAGACAUAUUUUGGACACAGUAAUUACAUUAAACUAUGUUUUCAGUUAUUUAAUGUCCUGCUUGGCAGUUUUUUUCUUUUUUGCAGGUGAGAGAAAUGGCCCAAGGUACAGGUGUCUCAUUUUUAUGUUUCUGAUUCUCUCAGUUUUCUUUAUGCAUUUUUUAUUUGUCCCCUUGAAAAACCCUGCUUUCCCUGCAGUACAUCACUUAUUUAACUGUAUCAUUUAGUAUCACUAUACUAGUGAGGUUAGGAGCACAAUACAAAGCCAAGAAAAUUCCUGAAGCCACUAAUUUCUAAAGUGCCAUCCCAAUGAAUCACUCAAUGUAGAUAGUCCUAUAGAUGCAGUGUUAUCAAUAAUCACAUUAACCUCAACAAGUGAAAUCUGAAGAUCAAAACCAUUAUGAGUUACAAAUCGGUUUCAGUAUCAGUCACUGUGCAUAUGUUGUUGUUUUUUUUUUUUUUUAACAUGGUGUCAUUUCUGAACAGGUUUAAAUAGUGAAGGGAUCAUCUGACUCCAAUACAUCUGUCUUGUCACAGACUACACUCACCUUUGUGUGCUCUAGUCCAGUACCACAGUCUGCACACUAAGAUGACUUAACAUGUGCAGCGUAACAUUAGUAAUUGUAUCUACCUCACGGUCACCAUUUGUGAAGAAGAGUUACUUGUCACACAAUAAAAACAACUUUAUACUGGUUGUUCUCUGCCACAGUGGUGGCAAAAUCACUUCAAAUAGCCACCUACCAACGAUCAACCAAUUAAGCAGCUGCUGUUCACGUUGUGAUGAGUGGUAGUAGGCAUAAUGAUGAUGUGUAUGGUGCCUAUAGACUGACUCAAUUUUGUGCAUGCAAGUAGCCCUAAGCUUGGGAGGGAGGUGAAGUAAUUCAAGGUUUACUACAAUAACAGCAGAUAAAAAUGACUACAUAUUAACCUAGAAAAAGAAUGUUGUCUGUUAUUCAAUAAUGGUGACUAAACCUUAUAUUACUGUCACAAAUUCACAUUUUUGUCACAGUCUUGGAGCCCUGUGAAUUGUUAGCUGUUGCUGUUUAUGUGUGGAAUUUCUUGCUCAUUUCAAGUUGGGACUUUUGGCUUAAUUCUGUACAAAGAAAGGACUGAGCUUUGUUUGCUGUGCCGCAUCCUAUGGAAUGGCACUCCAGCAUUGGACACAUUUCAGGUACACAUCUGUGACAGCGUAAGGUGUACAGGGUGGUCAUGUGGCCCAAGAUACAGCCUUUGCUAUUCUUUACAUAAAAGUAAAACCUUACUUACCAAUAAUGUAUGAACUACCAGUCAUGGUGGUUCUAGUGAUGUAUCAAAGUUAGCAAUUGCACAGUGUUGCUGAUUUCUUAUGGAUGCUGUACUUGACCAAUUCUUAUGACCAGAACUUUCAUCUCACACAACAGAAAAAUUCAAUAAAGCUUAUGGAAACUAAAACUGAUAACUGUCAGAUUACUUUAAAUUGAAAGGAGUACAGUUACAUGGGAUGAACAAAAGGUUACCUUUUCCUCUUUUUAAAUAUUCAGUGAAGUAGUCACUUGCCUUUUAUGAAAAUCUUCAAUCUGAAUAUUAGAUAACCAUUCAUUGACUGAUAAAAGUUAAAGAAGAGCUCUGAUAAAACCCGAUAGGUUGCUGGAGCCAAAACAUUACAAAGGGUCACAAUAAGUACAAAUCUAAUAAUAAAUAUAUAUUCAAUGUAAAGAAAGGGCUCGGACUGACGGUGACAAACAGUACAUUUCAGUAGUCAUUUUUCAAACCACAUAUCCUCCAAAUCUAAGCUUCGAUAGAGGAAGUUACUUUUUCAUGCAGUAAGAAAUAUGCUUUGAUAGCCUUUUCUUUAUUGAACACAUUUUGUAUAAUAUAUGAAGAACAUAAUAAACAGUAUGUCAUUGCUUAUGACUGCAUAAAUCAAAAUGACUUGUUUUUUUUAAACCAAUUUUACCACCACAGUUUUUAUAUGCUUAGAGCUAAAUAGCACACGUUCAAAGACUUUUGGGAUGACUUUUUGACUCAUGGUUUAAAAAAAAAAAAAAAA